AUGCCCGUGGGCCUUCGUCAGCCACUCCUCCCUCAGCUUCAGAAACCUCUUCCCGGCCUCAUUAACCUCCCCUUCAGCAUUCACGAGGUACGCGUUCUCCCGGCUCAUGAAAAGCUCCCAGAACCCCCACAGCAUCACUCCCUCCACCGCCGGGUGCGCGUAAGCCUCCCGCAGCAUAACCUCCAAAUCGUCCGCCCUCACGUACUCGUUCUCCGACGACACGUCAAGCUCCGUGAACCAAAUCGGGAUCCCGAGCGUGGCCAGUUUGUCGAGCUCCGACCGAACAAUGGGCCCCACAGGGUAGUCUAUGUGGCCCUGUAUCCCGAGGCCACCCACGGGCGCCCCUUGGGCCCACAGGCCCACGACCUGAGCUAUGUACUUCUCGGGAGACGAGCGCGAGUCGCACCCGUCCUCCACGUGGUAGUCGUUAACGAAGAGGGUGGCGGACGGGUCGAACCGGGCCGCGGUCUCGAACAUUUCGGCCCGGGCGCCGAUCCCGAGACGGUCCUGGUAGAACGAGCCGUGCAGCAUCUCGUUGUUCACGUCGUAGUGCUUGAACUUGCCCUUGUAGCGCGUGAGGAGUCCCGUGAGGCGGUUUUGGACAGCUGUCGCCAGGUCGGGCUUGGAGAGGGCUUGGACCCACGGCUGGACGGCGGAUUGGACCUCCCAGAAGAUGCAGUGGCCGCGGCACGGGAUGUUAUGGGACUCGCACAGGGCGAGGAUCUCGUCGGCGUCCCGGUAGUUGAACUUGUCCUUUUGGGGCUCGGUCCAGUACCACUUGAGCUCGUUGCCAAAGACGGCCCAGUUAAAGUUGGCGGUGAAAAAUUUGACAAAGUCCUCGUUGUCGAUGAGCCAGCCAGGGUGUUGGAGUCAGACGAGAUCGACCCCGGCAUUGGGACCCUGCACGUAAACCAUCACCUUUGCAGCCGGCUUCUCGAUUCUGAAGGACCCACCAAUCUCGUGCCAUUGCUGAUCGUUAAUCUCCACCUGGCCGCCAUUCGCCCACUGGCCAUCAACACUGAGAGCAACAUUCACAUUCUGAGGUCCGGUGGCCCCAGUCCCAAUCCUGACCCACGCGGACACUUGAUAAGUCAAAUAGAGUUUGACUUUGUCGGUAAUCAUCUGGGCGGGACCCAUCCAUGUCUGAGUGCGUUUGCUUGCGAGAAUGUAGCGGCCACUCAGAGGCAUGUGGGAGUCUGCAGCCAUGGGAGGAAGAAUGCGUGGUGA